AUGGAACCAGGCGAGUCGGGUGGCUCGGCCCGUUCCAGUCCCAGAAUCGGGCCGCUCGACGGGCAACCCAUGUCCCGGACGACCCCAGUGGCCCCUAUGCCUACUCCUUCAUAUUCCCAUAUUUCAUUUGAGGAUUUUGCCACCCGGUAUCGCCAGAGCCAGCGGAAACAGGUCCAACGAAAGCGUCUGGAAAAGCGUCUGCGCGCUACCAAGGUAUCCAUCGGCGUCUCGGCGCGCAUGAUUCGCGUCGGGGUCUCUGUACAGCGCGGCCUGGUUGAAGCCCUAAGAAAUGACGACAAGACCACUUUCGUUGCCCUGUACCACGCGUUCCAUGAUCUUCAUCUAUCUUGUGGCACCUCGGACCGGCGCGAUGACCAGCAGGAUUCCCUGGAUCAGCCGGGAGCCUCCUCGGUGUCCGAGUUGGAUCAUUCCUCGGAUUUCUUUCUUCAGUUGAGCCCCCAGUCCAGGACUGAUCUUCUGGAAAUAUUGCGCCUGAUUCGCUCGGAUUCACAGUUUCUGAUCAAUCGCCUGCGCAGCCUGACUUCAUCCCAACUUGCCGCACUAUCUUCUCCAGCUGCUGCGUUGGAUUCUAACGACCCUUCAUAUCCUUCUUCAUCCCGCGGACGAGCCCAGUCCUUCUUGAGCCGUGCCCAAGCUCACUCUACUUCCUUCAAGGACCAUGCCUUGGCGUUUGAGAGGACCGAUCCCUUGCCGAUUAUGCUCUGUAACGUCUUUGCUGCUCCCGUGGACCCAGACACGCCCGAAUCCCGAUUGCGCAUGGAAGUGUGGUCGUCUGUCUGCGCCCAGCUAAUGUCCCAAGGCAGCAGUAGAUAUUAUCCUCUCAUCGGCCAGAUCCUGUCCACUUGGGCCGCUGGUAGUAAUUGGAAGGCCCGCCCCAAAUUUGAGCUUUACCUGAUGGACAUAUUGCAAACUGGUGCCUUCCUCUUGGAGCAUAUAGACCCCCCUUCCGGCUUGGAUUUUGCCGCAGAGCCCUUGGAUCCUCUGCGGACUGAUGUUGCAGAGGAGUUCUUUGCUUCCGCUGUGGAAGGCUUGUUCCGAGUUCUGGACGAUCCCGACGCUGGCUUCCCUCAUGCUAUCCUGCAGUUUGCCAAGGCUGUCCUGCGCAAAAUUGACACACCGGAAGGCCGCCAUCGCGUUUUAGAAUUUCUGUUUGUCCAGUGGUUCUUCUCCAAGUUCCUCUAUGGCGCCCUGACAUAUCCGGAGAGUCAUGGUCUUCUUUUGGACUUUCAUAUUGCAAAAGACGCCCGGGAGAAACUCCUGGGCCAGGUGGGAUUGCGGGCUUAUUCCCAAGUCUUCGCUGUCCUACGCUCCAUGCACCACUUUUCAAUCCCACGUCCGGCAAUCAGAGACCGUGUGGAAAAUAUGCUUUCCCAAUUCGAGACGGUCGUAUCUUCAGAACACUCCACGACGGACGCUUCCAUAGCUUCCGUCCAGGCACCUCUGAAAAACUCCCCUUCGACUUUCCUGAUGCUGUCCGCCGCGGAUAUCCACACACUAUUGGUCGCUCUUUUUCCUAAAUCUUGUAGUCAACCCUAUUCUCCCACAACGGCCACAGGAGUUCCUGCUUGGACUUCUAUCUUCUCACAGCCCUAUAGGCACGAUCAGGAGACUCCGGUUGAGCCCGGACUCCUUCGUUCCAAAUAUGACCCAGGCUCACAACCCCCUUCAUACAAUGGUUCCUUGUUCUCCACCGAAGCACGAACUGCUUCGCUUCCCGAAGACGGUCUUGGCCAAAGAGCAGCUCGUAUCCUCUUCGAGCUGGCUGACCUAGGUGACCCAGAUGAGCGUUUAAGUCUACAACAUCCUUCAGGUGAAGAUUGGACAAUCUUCUCUAUUGCCAGUGAUGGCCAAGGUCUCACAUGGAGUUUGCUCCCGGAUUGCAAGUCUGGGCCCACAAAAUCAUCUGUCAUUGAAAGUGACGAUGAUGCCCGGUCCACCACCCUCGGACUAGAAGAGAACCAUGAAGCAUUACAGACGGCCAUUGUCCGACUUGUCAAGGAAAACCGCCCUCGUGAACUUGAUGAUGACCUUUUUUCGUCAACAUUGCAACCCACUCACAAGUCCCUGCGGCAACGGUUCAACCAGGCCAUGGCGUCUUGCCAUCAUGACUCGGACUUUGUUGGUGCUCACUACUGGUGGAAUGCCGCACGGCAAAUACGACAAAGUGGGAGAGGUCCUUCAUCGACGUCCGUGGAUGAUUCAUGGAUCCUGGGUCCUAUGCAUGAUUCCUGCACUCGGUCCUUGAACCAUUCCCAGGUCGUCAUUGAGCGCUGUGAAAUUGAUUUUGUCUCUCUGGAUCAAAGCCUACGCCGUCUACAAACACAGCUCAAGGGCCUGAUGACAACUGUUUCCCGGGUCCGCAAUAAGAUGUGGUAUAUGACGGAUGUUAAAAAUUCCAUGCGCUACGAAGAUGCCAAACAUGUGGCAAUGGCUCUCAAGACCAUGAUCUACUCGGCACGGCUCUUCAAUCAUUUUCCUGACGAUUCUCGGUCCCGAGGUGCCCGAUCGCUGGGUGGAUCUCUGUUCCAAAAACCAGAACUACAGGUAAUGAACAUGAUGAAAGCACCCAGCAGCCAAGGCGGCCCGAACAAGCUCUCUGACGAGCAGGUGGAUCUGACACGAAAGUGGCUGUCCCACAACGGCAUUGAAAACUUCUGCAAGGGCGAGGAAAGAAUCCACCGGUUUUGCUACGAGGUCCGGAAUAGCAUCAGCCGACUGGUGGGCGAGACGAUGGCCGAGGCGCCAGUACUUUGGGCGAGCGAACUUUUUCAGGCAGAGAGGGGGAGAUACGAAGGAUAUGGGGCUCGCGCGUUUCCGGGAUUGUCCAUGCCUAACACUCCCCGACCUUCAACAACCGCCAGUGAAGAUGCGAUGCACGCCUCUCAGCUGCACGGGACAAAUCUGUACACUCCAGAUCCAAUGUCUCGCAUCUCCCAGGACAAUCCGUCGCUGGGCCGCAAGUCCUCCAUCCAGAGCCUCCUUUCUGAUAAAUGGAGACUUCCGCGUGACCUUCCAUCUGUUGAUGUCGUCUCGAUUGGAGGCUCACCUGGUCGUGCGGCUUCAACAUCGACUGGUGAUACCUGCAGCACGUUCUGGUCGGCACCUCAUCGACAUCCCAUGUAUGCUGCUAGCGCGUCAAGCAUAUAUUCACGGCCACCUUCCAUGUUCAGUGAGGCUGCAACUCGGCUCCCCCGACGCGCCGAGCGCAAGACACAUGGCAAAGCGUUAUUUAUGGAUGACGUGCGACAGACAUUGACCAGUCUUCUUCUCAGCGACUUGGGCUCUCCAGUGUGGAGUUGCGGCAGCGAAACGGAUGCCUGGUUUACCAACACCCUGGACCAGACACGGAUCCGUGUGCAAAUGGAGCGACGAGCUCGGAUCCAGAAGUUCUAUACUGAUUAUGAUGAGCGGUCAAAAUGCCUUGGGGAUCAACAGCAUGGGUCUCAGAAAGGUCGGCGGAGCAGGUCUCUCGACUGUCUGAGUGGACGUGCACGCACAACACCCAUCGAAGAUACAUCGUCCAGGAUGCCCUUGGCCACUUCUGACGCGGAUGGCCAGUCGAGCUUUUCAUAUCAGACGGUGUUCCAUCGGCUGAUCGAAGUGUUCUCGCGUCAUGGAAACCCUUUCGUCAAACUCAAUGCGUUGCGGGAUCUACGAUCGCUGGUGAUUGCAUCGCUGAUCUCGUCACAUGAAUCUAGCUGCUCGACAAAUAGGAUGAGGUCGUCAUCCAGUGAAAGCGAAAGAAUGCGAAACGGUCGCUGUGGAGCCCCGCGUCGGCCGACACGCCACAGCUUCUCGGAAACGGCCAGAGCCACACUCCCCCAGUCCGACUCAUUCGCAACCUCCUCGUCGCCGCCAGAUUCUGUCACUUCCGGUUGUCGACAGUCCGAUUAUUCGGCGCCGUCCGAGGAUCAGAUCGUCUCGACCCUGCGCGACCUGAUUUUGGAAGUCAAGCCCAAGACCCUGUUCCGUGACCUUCAAUUCAUCUCAGCAUUCGUCCCCUCCGAUCAGCUGAACAAGACCGAUCGUGGCACUGCCUUCCUCCAAUUCGGCCUCGCUGCACUGAGCCUCAAGGACGAGAUCUGCAACAGCAUGGUCGAGAUCGCAGACCGGAUCGUCUCCCAGGAACUGGAUCGGCGCCACCCGCUGCCCGGGUCCGAGUUCUAUCCACGACCUGGCCAUGCCAUCGAGGACGCCGCGGGGAUGUGGAUCAUCACCGCCAAAGAGGGGAAUCCAGUGGCACAACGCGAGCUGGCCAUCCUUUACCUCACCCACCCCGAGCUGCUGCCACGCGUGACUCUGCCUCUCACCCUGCCGCGCGACACCUUCAAGGCAGAGAUGAUGUACCGCCGUGGGAAGGACUCCAAGUCCGAUCCCCAAAGCAUGUGCCUGGCUCUGCACUGGAUGCAGUUGUCCGCCACUGGGGGCGACACUCUUGCGUGCAAUCGACUCCGUGAGCGCGAGGAGUUUGAUUCGAUCGCGUGA